CACCCUAAUUAUCACAAUGGCAUCUCCUUAUCAGCUAGCAUUCUCGCUCCACGGACAUUCUUCAGACGUCCGCUGUAUACACGCACCAUCCCCUGGUGUCCCAUUACUCCUCAGCGGGUCCAGAGACGGCUCUGCCAUCUUAUGGGGUCCCUCAGCCAGCGGCAAGGAAUGGGAUGUUAAACUCCGAGUGGAAGCACCUGAACAGAAAUAUGUCAGCUGUGUGGGUAUGGUAAAAUACCAAGGAGAAGCAUUCCUCUUAGUCGGCUCGUCCAGUGGGAUUUUAUCCACUUACAUUUUACCUUCCGCCACCACACCUCCUCCACCUGGUGACGCCCUACCAGAACCAUAUCAUCUCUUGAUUGAACACAAGCAGAAUCUUUGUAGUAUGGAUACAAGUCCAGGGGGUUUGAUCGCUACUGGUAGCUGGGACCAAACGGCUGUGGUUUGGAAAGAUUUCAAGAAAGUCGUCAAGAUAGAGAAUCAUACCCAAUCUGUGUGGUCGAUCAAAUUUGUAGGCGAAGAUCGUCUUCUCACUGGUGCGGCUGACAAGAGCAUCAUACUACAUUCCAUCGAUGUGACCAACGGUACUUCCUUCCCUUUGCAGACAUUUACAGGUCAUACGGCCCCUGUAAGAGGGUUGAGCAUCAGUCCUGGUGGGAAAGGCUUUUGGAGUUGCGCCAAUGAUUCUUUGGUCAACUUCUAUACAUUCGACCGACCAGCACCGGUGCGGUCAUUGUCAGGUCAUACUUCGUUUGUUUAUUCUGUUAGUGCUCUUCCAGGAGGAGGUGCCAUAAGCGCAGGGGAGGAUGGGACAUUGAGAGUCUGGUCAGAUACCGAGUUAGUACAGACUAUCGCUCAUCCCUGCAACUCCCUAUGGUCAUGUGCCGUGGUAUCAGGUCCAACUGGCGAUGUAUACAUCGCUUCAGCGGCAAACGAUACGACUAUACGUUUCUUCAUAAAGGUAGAGGCUCUGAAAGCGCCCCAAGCGGAAAGAGAUGCGUUCGAUAAAGAAGUUGGAGGAAGACAAUUGGAUAAAAGUCAAGUUGGAGACGUAAAACGUUCAGAUUUACCCGGAAUCGAAGCACUGGGCAGAGAAGGAAAAAAAGACGGCCAAGUAUUGAUGAUCAAAAACAACGACGUUGUUGAGGCAUACCAAUGGCAGGCGGCGACUUCGACAUGGCAGCAGAUCGGCCAGGUCGUCGACGCUAUUGGAUCAGGACGAAAACAACUGUACGAGGGGAAAGAAUACGAUUAUGUCUUUGAUGUGGACGUGUCGGAGGGCAUGCCGCCGCUCAAACUACCCUACAAUGCUUCAGAAAACCCAUGGAUGGCAGCCCAGCGCUUCUUAGGCAAACAUGAAUUACCCAUGACCUACGCGGACCAAGUCGUCCAGUUUAUUGAAAAGAACACCGCCGGAGUUCAACUCGGUACGGGUAACGAGCCCUCGACAAGCUAUGUAGACCCUUACACCGGUUCUUCGCGGUAUACUGGGUCGUCCUCCACCUCUGGGUCAUCUACAGGAGGUGGAGAUCCGUUUACAGGUGGCUCGGCGUAUUCCACCACUCCAAGUACUGCAACGACGAAAAAGUCCAAGGGUAUUCUGCCGGUCACGACGUACUUGUCUUUUAAGCAGAUGAACCCUAGUGCAGCGAAGACAAAGUUGAGUCAGUUGAAUGAGGAACUGAAAAAGAGCAGACCAGAGCUAGUGUUCACCGAAGCAGAUCAAAGAAACCUCAAUGAGGUCUUUGCAUUGUUGAGUCUACCCAGUGUCGCUUUACCAGAUCCUCAAGCUAGUGAUCCAGGGGAGAGAUACGUUCCGAAAGCUUAUGUGGAGUUGAUGAUGCGUUGGCCAGAGGAUUUGCGGUUUCCUCUCAUCGACAUCGCCCGUUGUUUAGCUGCCGUAUCCCCAAUCUUCGGUCAUAUACCCCCUUCCACCUUCCUUACCGCUUGUGCCUGGUCAGAUCCAUGGCAAAGUGUCAAAUCUCGCGAAACCAACACUCUCUUAUCUCUCAGAGGAAUCGCCAAUAUGUUCAAUACGGCCAAUGGGAGAGCGUCGUUGGUGAAAGAUGCCGAGGAGAUAUUGGGAAAGUUGAGAGAGAGAAAGUGGGAAGAAGUAGGUAAUAGGAAAUUACCUUUGGCUACUAUCGCUUUGAAUUACUCAAUCCUCUCCCUGUCUUCUUCAAUACCUACUGAACCUCUCAUCUCAUUGAUAUCAUACAUUCUCCUCUCAGAGUCGGAAGACUCUGAAGUUCUUUAUCGAUCAGGUGUGGCUUUAGGUAAUGUCUUAACCUCUUCGGUAUCCCAACAUAUACGAGAUCAACUAGCUGGGGCGCUAGGUAGUCUGGAUGAGAAAGCGAAGAUUAAAGGAGAGAAAAGGUUGGUAGAUCUUGUAGAGGAAGUGAAAUCUUUGUAGUUCCAUCAUUCACGAAUCGAUCAGGAGAUGAGACGAUGGAGUGGGAGAUUCGCUAGAUGUCAAAGAUGAGUAUGAAGGAGAAACAAUACGGGAAUCUGAAAGAACGCUCUACAUGUCAAAGGUCCUGGCAGUAGUGUAGGGAAGAUAUCGUUGAUGUGAGGUAGCGAUGGUGUAGUAGGGAGAAUAGAAGUUGAGGAAGUUGAACAAAAGGUAUAUAUGCAUGAUUCAUUGUGAUGC